AUGUUAUUUUUACAAAUUUUUUCAUUAUUACUUGCACAUAUUCCAAUAGUAGAAGUAACAACCUUAGCACCAAAUCAUGUUGCUAUUAAUUCAAAACGGAAACAUAUUGACGUUGAUACAUCAUGGCUUGAACCGGAAAAGAAAACUAUACAAAAGGUAUCAUUAGAUGCAGAUAAUCCGGAAAAGGUAAUUGUUGAUUUGAUUAAUUCCGGUAAACAAUUAAGUGCAUCAGCACAAGGUAAUAUGGCAGUAGCAGAAAGUGACGGACAACGAGCACAGGUACAACGAUUUGGUGAUAAAGGUGGUAUUGCACAAAUUGAUGGACAUAAAGGUCAAAUAAAAACAAAAGAAGACAGUGAAGGACAUCAUGCAUUUUUGAAAGCUGAUGGCAAAUAUACAUUAGAUACGGUUGCCCGAGGUUCCUUAAAAGAUCCAAAGGAUACCGAUUUUGCAGCAACCAAUGAACGAUUUGAUUUUGCACUUAAUCCACAAAGUCAAAAUGAACACGAAGGUACUGGACUACUUUCAUAUACAGAUAAGGAAAAACGAAAAAAUGGUAAAUACGCAUAUACGAUAAAAAUGGAUAAUCGUAAAGUUGAUGCUUAUCUAUCAGCUGAUAAUAUUAACAAUGAAGAUGAAUUUUCACAGUCUUUAUUUGGUAGACGAUCCGAGAAAUACCAUUGCACUGCUGAAACGCCAGGUAUCUCACAAUGCUAUGAUGCACAGGGCCGUAGUGUGGGUAAAGUUGUAGCUGAUAAGUCAGGUAAUACUAUCAUCUACAAUGAUAAGGAUGUGCCUAUUGCUACUGGAAGUGUGCAAAAAAUUAACAAUCAUUCUUAUCAGGCAGUAAUUAGCAAGAAUUUAUUUAUUGCAAAAUUGAAAGAUGCACGGACAUCAUCAUGUUGUCGUGAAAUUACUGGUAAAAAUUGUACAGAUCCGAUCAAAUUAGCAAAUCCGUCAUUCAAUCAUCCAUCGGAACGUGAUGGUGAUACGUUAAAAUUGACGUGGCCUGAUUGCGUUGAUAUGUCAAUUGAUGUGACAUUACCACCAAAAGUUCAUAUUAAUCGUCUUGCUAUGAAACUUGACGUGAUGAUACAGCCAAUUGGAAAGUUACGCUGCAUGGACGUAGCAACGUGUGGACGUGAAUGUUAUUAUUGUGAUUGGUGUAAAAAUACAAGAAAAUUAAAAUUACUAGAAAAUACCGAUGGUAAUUUAUGUCGUUCAACUGAAGAGCGUACCUAUCGAUUAACUGUUAAAUUAUGUCCACCACCGGAAGAUCCCUUAUUUACACUUUGUUCCGCAUUUUCAAAAUCAGUCUGGCAAAAAGAUUAUUGGCAAAAGCAAGGUGCUGUUGAUAUUUGGAUGAAAUUUUACGAAAGAGGCGAAACAAGAGCUGAGAUAAAUAAUCCAUUGCUUGGUAAAGCAUUUAAAUUAGCAAUGAUAGCUGAAUGGCUUGCUGCUAAUAGCAUUGACCAAGGAUCAUAUACUCCAACUAAUUCGGAAUUACUAGAAUAUUGGGUUUCGAAACGGGUACCAGAUCGUUUACUUGCUUGUCAACAUUCUGUUGUUGAUUAUGAAAUUGAAGGAGCUAAAGUGAAAACAAAUUUAUUAUUUGAAGCUGCUACUACAGCUAAUUCAUUACCAAAUAUAUUCAAGGAUAAACGAUGUAGCGCAUUUGAAAAGCUUCAGGAAAGCCGUUUUCAAGCUGAAGCAGCCGAAUUUAAACGUAACAAUGGCCGAUCAAAUAUUCUUACCGGUCUUGGCAAUUUCUUUAGUAAUAUUAAUAAUCGUAAUGGAUGA